AUGACUUUAAACGGCUCUCAUUCAGAGGCCGAAGAGUCUAGGACUCUUGACACUUCUUCGAUCAUGGCUUCGACUAUGUUGACUUCAAGUCAGGAUAGUGAAAUUCACGAUGGCAAUGGUAUCUCUGGUGGUCUUGACACUAUAGCCAUAGAUGAUGCCAAAUCUGCUGCACAAAGAGCUGAAAGAGAAGAUUACAAGCGGAUGGAAGAAUGCCUUUAUAGGCACCGAAAAGAGUGGGAGGUGGAAGGAGGAUCAACGGGAUGGAACAUGUGGACUUUCAGCGACUAUUUUUCGGACGGAAGAGUUUCGCGCCGUUGGGAACUUAAUAACAAUGAACUCUAUGAACGGCCAAACCCCUUUAAUCCCUCUCAUGAUUGCAGGGAUAAGAAAGAUGAUAAAAAUGCUCGCGCUUAUGCGGAGUUUGAUCGCGACAUCGAUUAUGGGCACCGCCGCGAACGGCUCCGUAAGAACUUUGAAUGGGACAUGGAUCGUCUUUACCUAGCAGAAGAAGCAGAGAAACGAAGGAAAUUUAAGGAAGAAGAAGCUAAAGAAGAUGCCGAGAAAGAAGCUGAGACCGACAUAACCACACAGCAAAUCUUUGCAGAGCCCAAGAAUAACCGGCUAGGCUGGUCCGCGUUCAGAGACAUGGAAUUGGUGGCCGAGGAGAAUUCAUACGCUCUUGACAUUCUCAUAGGCGAUCCUAUUAUCGAUGAUGAUGCGCGAGAUUAUCGGCGGUGGUAUGGCUACUCUGGUCAGCGAUCGCGCAAGACAGAGAUUGCACGGGAUCGCAAGGUGUAUGAGACGAAUGAAAAUGGACAAGUGGCACUACCUGAGAGGAUCAGAGUUCAUUCAACUAUUCUUCGUCAUAUCCUCUCCAAUAUACUGGCAUCACACGCAGGUGAGGCAUUGACCAACAGUGGAUACCCUUCGAUAGUCUUUGUUAGGCCGUUCAAGGCCAUCUUCUACUGCAAGGCUGCACUGCUAAAUUUCAAUUGGUACACAGCGCUUGAGAAGAAGUUGGAGGAAGAGAAGAACAAACCAAAAGCAGAUGGAGAGAACACAAAUAAAGAGGAGGCUGAAGAAGAAGCGGACGAAGACUCAGAGCUUGAUAACUUCACAAAGUCGCCGGCUGCCCUGGAGCACUUGAGAUGUCUUUUGGACUUUAUCGAUUCCGACAUUUCCAAGAGGAUAGAUUAUCUCCAAGGACCUCAAUGCCGCAAGGUUUAUUUCUCAGAUCUCUGGUUCCUUUUCCGACCAGGAAUGGAAGUCAUUGGAAGCGAUGGCAAGCAGGCCUACAGAGUUAUCAGUGUCACCAGCGCAAAGCACAGAGUCGCAUCGCCUUUCAACAUUACUUGUAUCUAUAUCGACUUUGACGGAAAGAAUAUCGGCCCAGUAACUAAAAUCUUUGACUUCAAAAGAUUUGACGGCGAGAAAGAGGUUACGUUACUAGAAGUCUAUCCCCUUCAUCUUCAUCCUGUCAAGCAAUCGGAUUUUGAUGACUCGACGUGGGCGGAAAUUGAGCCACUUCCACCAAGCCAAAGAUAUCGACACAAAUUGAUACGCCGAGGAGCCAUGUUCCUCGAGGUCGCUGCCGUCAAGCACAUGUACUACGCGGGGCCGACGUUAGAAGUGCGAGACGACGUUGAAGGCCAAGUCGUUAUCGACUUUGAAACAGCCUUCUCUGUUGAAGAUGAAACUCAGAAACAGUGGAAGCCAGUAUUACAGCCGCUUAUUGGAAAUCCCUCUGUGGAAGAAGAUGAUGAAGCAAUGGAGGCUCGUUGUCGCGGACGCUGCUGUGAGGGUGAUGUUGUAUACGACGACAUGUACAUAGACGAUCAGCAGAAAACCGAGUACCUCGACAGUCUCUUGCCAAAGAUGACGGCGCUAAAUGAGCAGCCUUCUAUUGCCAUCUUUCCAAGGUCCUUGAAAGAGUUGCAAGCUGGUACUGAGGACUUCCCUUAUGUUACGGAUGAGGAAUUGGUCAUUAUGUCGUAUCGGGUGUUUGGCUUUGUUCUGCGCAACCGAAAAUGGGCCAAAUUGGAUCUUUCGCACAUGACGGCCGUCCAUGCGCCCGAUGCGUCAGCUGUAUUGGCCGAAGAACGGGCACGUAAUAAUAAUGAGAGCAAGAAGCCAAAAACCGCUUUUGAUCGUCUUGUUAUCGAAAAGGAACACAGAUCCAUGAUUGUGUCACUUGUUGCCCAGCAUUUCCGAGACAAAAAGUCGUCGAGCAGACAGCAGCAACAGUUUGACAUCGUCAAAGGCAAAGGAGAUCUCGGGACAACGGCAGCAGAAGUCGAAAAAGCCCUGGAAACAAACUUUGCACUAGCAAAUCGAUGGGAUUGCGUUCUUCUUCUUGACGAGGCCGACGUGUUUCUAGCGGAAAGGACCAAAGAAGACUUUGUGCGGAAUGGGCUUGUAGCAGUUUUCUUGCGUGUUAUGGAAUACUACGCCGGUAUUCUCUUCUUGACGACGAAUCGUGUUGGAGACUUUGACGAAGCUUUCACCUCGCGCAUUCACAUCAGCUUAUACUACCCAGAGCUGGAUGCUGGCAAAACUCUUGAAGUCUUCGAUAACAACUUGGCCAUGAUUGAAGGCCGGUUUGCGAAGAAGAACAGAGUCAUUAAUAUCGAAAACACAAAGAUUCGAGGAUUUGCAGCCACUCAUUUCCUCCAGCACAAGGAAGCUCGCUGGAAUGGCCGGCAGAUUCGCAACGCUUGCCAGACAGCGCUGGCGCUAGCCGAGUAUGAAGCUCAGGGCAAUAGUCACGAGGCUAUUUUGAAGCCCGACGCUGUCAUAAAUCUCAGUGAAAGACACUUUGAAAUUGUGCGAAACGCGUAUCUCGAGUUUGCCGACUACAUGAACAAACUAUAUGGCAUUGGCACCGCACAGCGCGCCAAAGAAGGCAGACUACGAGCUGUCUGGGUCGACGAGAAUAACAAUAUAGUCGACACUUCUGGGUCAAACAACAGAGGACAAGACAAAAAGAAGGCCUUUCUCAACUCAACACAAGGACAGCUCCCUCAACAACAGACAUUUCAAUUCGGAGUGCCACAACAACAAUACCAGCACCAGAAUAUCGUGGCUCCACAGCCUGUCUACCCCAAUUCCAAUCAGAUGCAGAUGCAGAUGCAGAUGCCAAAUGUUCCCAUCAACCAGCAGUGGAAUAAUAGAGUAGAAAAUACAGGUAAUGCUCCAUUCCAGAGUCCGACGGGAGGGCAGGAUCAGAUGCAGAUUCCACGUUCAAUUGUACAGCAACAGCCUCUAGCACUGUCACCGUCAGCAGGCCAGCAGCAAUCAAUUGCACAACAGCUCGGCCAGGGAAUCCAGAGCAUGUAUACAGCAUCAUCUACCCAGUAA